CCCUUCUUCGUCGAAUUCUUCCUCCAUGCCGCCAAAACGCAAAACGCCCGCCAAAUCGGCGUCUACAUCACCAAGAAAGCCUGCAUCCAGGAUCUUAUCUACUCCUACUAAACGCACCCCUCGAGCCCGUGGCCGUCAGCCGCAGAUUAGACUGACUUCUCCGAAUACAGAGGAUGAUACGGGCAACGGAGGAGAGGCGAGCAGCGAGGAUGAGCUAAAUAUUCUGCCAAAGUCGCGUCACAGCAGCACAGAAGUUGGACUUCCGAAGCAAUCAGCGUUGAAACGGCGGAUUGUGGACGAUGACAGUAGUGCAGAACCUCAACGUUCUCCAACCAAGAGGACGAGAAUUAAAGCACCAUCGACACCAAAGCGAUGCACUACGCAUGGACAAUCACGCGUCAGUUCUCCAGAGCCCCCACCACCCCAAACGCCUAUCUCUCCUUCGAAGAGGACCCGUGCCCUCAUAAAUCUCACCUCGGGAUCGCUCCCGCUGCAGUUCCACGAAUGCCUAAAUUCACAGAAAUAUGCUAUUCUCCAUGCGCUACACAAUAUGUCUAAUAUUCAACUCGAGGACGAUCCUGAAGAUGAUGACGAUGUGGAUCAGAUGAACGCGUCAACGGCUGAAAACCUAGACGAACUGCUACGUGGGACAGUUGAGAGAGGGGAGGGUAACAGCUGCCUUUUACUUGGACCUCGCGGUACUGGGAAGACGAUGAUGCUAGAACACGCACUGUCAAAGGUUUCAUCCGGUGACAGCCCACCAAUAAUCAUUCGCCUCUCUGGUUGGCUUCAACAGAAUGAUCGCCUGGCAAUGCGCGAAAUAGCUAGACAGCUUAGAGAGCAAACAGGCGCGUCGUUCCUAUCCGCCGAGGAUGAAGAAGAGACGCGAGACCAUGACGAUGAACCCAACCCUUUCAUCGAUACACCAGCGGACGACUCGGAGACCUUGGUUGCAGAACCUUCAUCAACGCACCUGCCUGCCUUAAUUGCGGUUCUUCCAACUCUUUCCCGAGCCUCUAUCAUCAUCCUUGAUGGGUUCGACUUGUUCGCACUCCAUGCGCGCCAAGCGUUGCUCUAUUGUCUACUAGAUACAGCCCAGAGUUGCAGAGCCGGUGCUGGCAGCAAGGGGUUAGCCGUUGUUGGACUUACCACUCGCAUCGACACCAUAAAUCUGCUAGAGAAGCGUGUUAAAAGCCGGUUCUCUGGGAGAAUUUUGCGGGUAGCUCCUCAUACGAUGGAAUACUGGAGACGACUGACGAAGGCGAUACUAUGUGUGCCUAUUGAUGAGGAUAUUUUUACGGACGAGGAGGACCUUGCUCAAUGGAGGACGACGUGGGAGACUCGUGUUCAGCAGUUUUUGGAUGACAAGUCUACUCUGCAGACUUUAUCUGAAACGUUUAGUAUCACGAAAGAUAUGAGAAUACUUACGACCAUUCUGACUUCAACGGUUGUGGCAUUAUCCCCAGAAGCACCUUGGCCCACACCUUCUCAACUUUUGAUGUCAGCUGAAACUCACCGCGCUCGACCGCUGUACCCAUAUCUUCACAAUCUCUCUUACUCGGCCAUUUGCCUCUUGAUUGCUUCUGUUCACGCUGGCACCGCAGGAUACUCUGUGGUGACCUUCGAGAUGCUACACCAGUAUUUCCGAGACCAAGUUCGCUCUUCGACUGCCGCACCUGUUCAAAUAAACGGUGGCAGCAUCGGUAUGGUCAGAUGUAGCCGAGAUGUACUUAUGAGCACUUUUGAAGCCCUUGUUGCUGCUAAGAUCUUCGUGUUGGUAGCAGCGCCGUCAUGGAAUACAGCGAAAGAAUUCAUGAAAUAUAUAUGUGUUGUGGAACGGGAGGACGUAAAGAGGGCGGUCGAUAAGGGCGGCAUGAUCCCUCUGAAGAAGUGGCUUAACAAAGCGCAAUGAUUUAAUUGACAUGUAACACGAUUACUACAGAGUUUGGCUUCAUUAUCUCUGGCGGACCGUAUGUAAUACUUGAUUAUUUCUGAGGGUCGGGCGACGGUAGACUUUGUAAAAACAGGAUCGACUGAUUAAGGACACUGGAAGUAUUGGUU